CGAAACAACAACUCCUCUCGAUUCGGAAAAUUCAUCCGAACACAUUUCUCUGCACAAGGAAAACUGGCCGGAGGAGAUAUUGAACACUAUUUGCUCGAGAAGUCUCGUGUCGUGCGACAGGCUCCCGGUGAACGUAGUUACCACAUUUUCUACCAAAUUAUGUCCGGAUUUGACUCUAAGCUUCGCGAUUCGCUAAAGCUCAAUCACGAUCUGAGAUACUACCAUUUCUGCUCACAAGCAGAGCUGACCAUCGACGGUGUUGAUGACAAAGAAGAAAUGGGUUUGACUCAGGAAGCCUUCGACAUCAUGGGUUUCGAAGAUGAGGAAGUAAUGGAUCUGUACAAGAGUUGUGCCGCCAUUAUGCAUAUGGGAGAAAUGAAAUUCAAACAGAGACCACGUGAAGAACAAGCCGAACCCGAUGGCGAUGAAGACGCGCAGAAUGUCGCCCACUGCCUGGGGAUUAACCCCGAAGAAUUGUUAAAAGCUCUCACCAAGCCACGUGUACGUGUCGGUACCGAAUGGGUCAACAAAGGACAAAACUUGGAACAGGUCAACUGGGCCGUCGCUGGUUUGGGUAAGGCUAUCUACGCUCGUAUGUUCAAAUGGCUUAUUGGAAGAUGUAACAAGACCCUUGAUGCUAAGCAGAUCGAACGUCGCUACUUCAUUGGUGUGCUUGAUAUCGCCGGAUUCGAGAUUUUCGACGUGAGACCCUCUCUGAAGAAAUUUUGCAUCCACUAAAA